CAGUCCUUGUAAAAAAAACACUUCUCUUUCUCUUUUUUUAAAAAAAAAAUUUCGACUGGCUUAGAUCUACGUUUCAUAAAGAAACAAAAAUAAAGUAUAAAAACUUAUGUAAAUUUUUAAUUAAUUUGUUUAAAUUGACUUCAAAAUGGGAAUUCAACCUGGAAAUGUAGAAAAUGGCAAGAAAAUCUUCAUCCAACGUUGUGCUCAAUGUCAUACACUUGAAAGUGGUGGCAAACAUAAGGUUGGACCUAAUCUUCAUGGCAUAUUUGGUCGAAAAUCUGGACAAGCUGCCGGCUACUCUUAUACAGAUGCUAAUAAGAAUAAGGGUGUAAUAUGGAAUGAUGAUACUCUCUUUGCAUAUUUAGAAAAUCCUAAGAAAUACAUACCUGGGACGAAAAUGGUCUUUGCUGGUUUAAAGAAAGCCGAUGAACGUGCUGAUUUAAUUGCAUAUCUAAAAAGUGCAAGCAAAUAAUGCCUUAAAAGAAAUUUAUUAAUUUUUAAAAAUAAAACUUUUAUUGACUAAUUUAAAAGAAUUGUUUCAACUCUCAUCUGAAGCUCUUUAUGAUAUCCAUGCCUAUUUUAAGAUUUGCUACAAAAUGAAACGACUGAAAUACAA